AUGUCUUCAUCUAUUGCCGAGUUAAUUCGAGUCGACCCAUGGCUUGAGCCGUUCUCUGGAGAGAUUAAACGCCGUCGUGACCUUGCAGACAAUUGGCUGAAAGUGCUGGACAAAAACGAAGGAGGACUCCUGAACUUUGCGGAUUCCUAUAAGAAAAUGGGGUUCCAUGUCUUGCCUGACAAUUCCAUCGUUUACAAGGAGUACGCUCCCAAUGCGGUUGCUGCUUGUGUCAUUGGCGACUUCAACAACUGGGAGCACAACAAGAAUGUCAUGAAGAAGGACAAUUUCGGGUUCUUUAGCAUCACGUUGCCUCCCGUUGAUGGGAAACCUGCUAUUGAACACAAUUCGCGAGUCAAGAUCUACCUGACUCUUCCCGACGGAUCUAAAAUUGCUCGUCUUUCUCCGUACAUCUUGAGAGCCACUGCUCCACCCAAAGAGUAUGGCAAUUCGACUUACGAAGCAAGGUUCUGGAACCCCGCAACCCAAUACGACUUUAAGCAUGCCAGACCUGCUUUGCCAACUUCGCUCAAGAUUUACGAAGCCCACGUUGGAAUCUCCACUCCCGAGCCUCGGGUUGGGUCCUACAAGGAGUUCACCGCAAACCUGCUGCCAAUCAUCAAGGAUCUGGGUUACAACACUGUGCAACUGAUGUCUGUCAUGGAACAUGCAUACUAUGCUUCCUUUGGGUAUCAGGUGACCUCAUUCUACGCAAUCAGCUCUCGUUUUGGAACCCCAGAAGACUUGAAGGAACUCAUUGACACCGCACACGGAAUGGGUAUAAGAGUUCUGCUCGAUGUUGUGCACUCCCAUGCAUCCAAAAACAUUGACGAUGGAUUGAACAUGUUUGAUGGUACAGAUUACUGUUAUUUCCACGGCGGAGGUAAAGGUGUUCACGAUCAAUGGGACUCGAGGCUCUUCAAUUACGGGAACUACGAAACUUUACGGUUUUUGUUGAGCAACCUCAAAUUCUACUUGCAAGAGUACAAGUUUGAUGGGUUCAGAUUCGAUGGUGUGACCAGUAUGCUCUACCUCCACCACGGUAUCGGUGAAGGCUUCUCGGGAGACUACAACGAGUACCUCAACCCUAAUGGUCCAGUGGAUACGGAGUCAUUAUCCUACAUGAUGUUGGCCAACGAUUUGUGUACUCAAUUUGGGGAGGAAAAUAAUUGUGCUAUUACCACAGUUGCUGAGGAUGUUUCUGGUUACCCAACCUUGUGUAUGCCUCGUUCGGUUGGAGGUGUUGGGUUCGAUUACAGACUGGCAAUGUCUAUUCCUGACAUGUGGAUCAAAAUUCUUAAGCAUACGCAAGAUGAAGACUGGGACAUGGCUGCCAUUUCGCACACUUUAUCCAACAGAAGAUACAAGGAGAAAUGUAUUUCAUACGCAGAAUCUCACGAUCAGGCAUUAGUUGGAGACAAAACUCUAGCAUUUUGGCUAAUGGAUGCUCAGAUGUACACCAAUAUGUCUGUUAUGACAGAAUUGACCCCGGUGGUGGAUCGGGGAAUUCAGUUGCAUAAAAUGAUUAGACUGAUCACUCAGGCUCUCGGCGGCGAGGCAUACUUGAACUUUGAAGGUAACGAGUUUGGCCACCCAGAAUGGCUGGAUUUCCCUCGUCAAGGUAACGGUGAAUCGUACCAUUACGCAAGACGGCAGUUCAACUUGAUCAAAGACGAUCUUUUGAGAUACAAAUUUUUGUAUCUAUUUGACAAGGCGAUGAAUCAAACGGAAGCCAAGUACACCUGGUUGAACUGCGACCCUGCUUACGUUUCUUUGAAGAACGAGGCAGACAAGGUUAUUGUGUUUGAGCGCAACAACAAGUUGUUUUUGUUUAACUUCAACCCAACGCAGUCGUUCACCGAUUACAGGGUUGGUGUUGAAAGAGAAGGAACCUACAAAAUUGUAUUGAACUCUGAUCGCACCGAGUUUGGUGGCCACGGGCGCAUUGACGAGGAGAAAUCUGUGUUUUUCACCACCGAUUUCCCCUGGAAUAACAGGAAGAACUAUAUUCAGGUUUAUUUGCCUUCCAGAUGUGCACUGGUUCUCGCUUUGGAGAGCGAGAUCCACUAG